UUACUUAAACAUUUUUUCCUCUUCCCCUUAAUUUAUUUACCACCAACCAGGCGAGGACAAUAGUGUUCUCGCGUGGCUCUGACGUCAUGUGACAGCUGCACAUCAGCGUCCUAAAUUGACAGCACAGUUUAUAUGGCUGCAAAUCGCAGCUUAGGCAGAAAACGCUGCGGGACUCUGAUGUGCAGGUAGGCUUCUGGUCUGUUCCCGACGAGGUUUUCAGAUCUCUAUUGUCUGUUUUUCAAUCGUGUAUGUCUGUUAACUUGCAGCCGGGUGACUACUCAACCAAACGUUGCAAGAAUCACGGUUAGUCAAGAGGGAACUGGCCAGGUGCGUUGCAGAUCCCUCGCGCAAGGAGUGGCUGGAGGGAUCUUGACAAUAGCAAGGAUUGUCUGGUUUCACCGACCCGACUGGCGAGCUAAAAUGAGCAGGAUACCGAAACACAAGACUUAUCAUCUGGGAACAUUCUUCCGACCUAAUUGGAGGAUCAGCUCAAGUCCCCAUUGAAGGAAGUGGAUUAUUUUGGUUUUUUUUCCAUCAUCAACAAAGACUGGUGGACGUCCUUGGCAUAAGGAACUUUAACUUGUUUUUCCUUUACACUAUGGACUAAUGUGUAUAUGUAUUGUAUAUAUAUUGUAAAUACUAAAUACAACUCACCAAUUUGCACCAUCUUACUGUCUCUGUGCUUUACAAAUUGCCAUCUCCUCCAGUAGCCGAACCUAGCUAGAUUUUAAGAACUGUUUGGAUAAAUUGUAAUUCGGAUUAUUUAAAAUCUUGUUAAUCCUUGAACGCAAUGUGGGUUACAUAACUUGGCGAGCUAGCCAGGAGGUUGUUGGCAUUUUGUAAACACAAAUCAUUGUUUUUUUUGUCAUCAACAAUAUGGAUGAAUUUCAAAAACUCGACGUAAAAAUUCCCAACUCUGUUUUGGUUGAAGGCAUUUCAGAUGAAGAUGGUAAAGAGGAAGUAUUUGACUUUUUGAAACAAUAUGGGAAGAUAACAAAGACUGAAAUCAUUUCUGAAGCUGACUCUGAGUUUGAGGGCCAGUUUGUGGUUGAAUUUAGCAGUGGUACAGCAGUAGCUGAAUUGCGUUCCAUUUUACCAUAUUCAUUCAAAUCAUCUGAAAAGUCAGACACAUUUUUCAUCUCUGAAUUAGCUGUUGUAUAUGCAGAACAUGUUUCACAGAGUAAAACUCAUUCUUAUUUAUUUGAGUUACAGAAACUUGCAAAGCUUUCUGGCAUGGAUUUUGCAGAGGUGUUAAAAUCCACGAUGACUCAGAUUGGACAAUCAGUUGCUGAACUUCACUCAGCUGCUAAGAUGGAGGAUCCUGAUGAGCAGUCUGAGGUUAUGGCAGCAGCUGCAGAUCCAACAAUGAAGGAAGAGCCAACGUUGUCAACCGCCACUGAUCCUACAGUUUCCAGACAGAGACUUGAGCAGCAACCUACCUCACGACAGAGACCUUCUCUUCAUGAUGAUGACAUCCAACCACCCGAAGUCCAGCGCUACGUGGUGGAACACAUUAUGAAAACUGAGGAAAGUGCUUACCAUCUACAAAGGCUCCGAGUGUUUUCUGGACGGCUGCCUAGACCAGCACAUGAAGCAGACUACGAGACCUGGCAUUCAGGAGUGGAUCUGCUACUAAAAGACCCAUCAGUUUCUGAGCUGCAGCGAUCAAGGAGGAUCGUGGAGAGUUUACUUCCCCCAGCCGCUGAUAUGCUGAAGCAUCUAAGUUCAGAUACUCCACCUACUGUAUAUCUGAACAUAUUGGAUUCGGCAUAUGGCACAGUGCAAGAUGGAGAAGAACUCUUUGCAAAAUUCAUGGACACUUUCCAAGAUGCAGGGGAGAAGCCAUCUUCAUACCUCCAGCGGCUGCAGGUAGCAUUAAACUUAGCCCUGAAACGAGGUGGUGUGUUAGCCAAGGAUGUAAACCGGCAUCUCAUAAGCCAGUUCUGUAGGGGUUGUUGGGACAAUACUUUGAUUGCUGAACUCCAAUUAAAACAAAAGAAAUUGGUCCCACCUAGUUUCUCUGAAUUGCUACUACUUCUACGUACUGAAGAGGACAGGGAGGCAGCUAAAACUUCCCGGAUGAGACAAUAUUUGGGGUCCAACAAACAAAAAGUAGUCAAUCAUGCACAAUUGGUUUCUGUUGAUGCAGGUGAUGGUGGAGCAGUUGCUGCUUUAACCAAAUUGACUCAGCAGUUGGCAGAACAACUGGCAGAUAUACAGCGGCAGCUGGCUAAGCUAACAUCCACAACCACCCAGCCCAGGACUACAUCACAACCUAAAGUAACACACAGUAAGCCGGGUGAAAAAGGGGGCAAUACAGUGACAUCCAAACAGUUCCCACCAGUCCAUGUUAAACCUGGUUAUUGUUUCAGGUGUGGUGAAAAUGGUCAUAUUAAGCCACAAUGUAAUAAUGAACCAAACCCUGCUCUUGUUGCCAGAAAAAGGAAACAGUUUGCUCAGCGACAGCAGAACAUCUUUCAGAAGAAGUUAAACUAGGCAUGGUUCCUGUUGCGGGACAAACCGGAACCAGUCCCAGCCAAACCAGUCCCCUUAUUAAAGAAAAGACUGUUAAAUGUACAAAACUGCAAGCCCAAGCUAAUAAACUACCCACUCAGCUA